AUGAAUGAUAAUUUAGAAACUGAUGUCCCGAGUGAUAGUAAAACCGAGGAGUUGCCAAAACAAACUGACACUCCUGGAUUCAACCAGUUAGGAAUUAAUGGCAGUAUUUCUUCUGGGCAAGGGGCAGAAGUUAGCAAUGCUCAAGCUAUGUCCAUACAGGAUAUGCUAACACCAUUAUUUGAAAAGUUUACUAUUAAAGAGCAGGAGCGUGAAAAACAAUGCGAGCUUAAAGAGCAGGAGCGUGAAAGACAACGUCAGCAGGAAAAGGAAAAACGUAGACAGGAAAAGCUUAUAGAAAAACAGCAACAGGAGCUCAGGGACCAAGAAAAGGAAAAGAAAUUUAUGGAAAAUAUAAACAAUAUUUUUCUGGAAAGAGAUAAAGAAACUGUCGGUAGGAUAAAUCAAGUGUUGGUCGAAUGUGAUAAUACUAUUACUACCCAUUUUAAGCAGGAGAUCGAUGCAGUAAGAACCACUAUUGAACCGUUAACAAACAUACCAAUUCAGGUCAAUAGUUUUCAGACUGAAGUAGAUAGACUAGAGAACCAAUUCAAAGCCUUGGCUACCGCUGUGGAAACAAUGCAGGAGGACAUUCCCUCGGAAAUCCCAAAGCAAGUCCGAACAGAAGUAGCCAGGGUGCUGAGCUCUGAAAAUCAAAACUUUGAAAAUCUGACAGUAUGCAGUAAUGACAACACUGGUACUGACAGGCAAAAGAUCGCAGAUAAUCUGACGGCGAAUAUUAAUGCACCACAAGGAAGGCCAAAUUUUGGUAAUCAACCGAUAUUACCAGAGCAAUAUGUGACACCAAGGAACAAUAAUAGUGGAAUAUAA